CCUGCGACACAACAAAACAGCACUCGGUUUUUUGCGGCGGAGACAGAAAAAUGUUCGUUUGUGUGUAAAUUUUAUUCUUUUUAAUUCGUUUUAACGGCAAAUUAUUUACAGAAACAACGCGAAGUUUGUCCUUGUCCUUUUGUUGUUGUUGUUUAUUCAAACACACGGUGUCACAGUUGGAACGGUUUACGACAGAAUGACGAUAAAAAAGUAAUCCCUGUGUCACAGCGUCUUAUUCUUCUUCCGCUUCCUCUUCUUCGCCGUCAUGAGCGACAGCGACGACGAUGACGUCCCCGCGCUCUCUGCUCACACGCUCGCCGCCCUGCAGGAGUUUUACACUGAGACCUGGUCUGGUUCAGAUCUCAGCAGCUCGACGCAGUCGGACCAGUUUGCAGUGGGAGCAGUGGAGGAGGACUGGAGGAUGAGUCAGUUCUGGUACAGUGAUGAAACAGCGACUCGUUUAGCUGAAGAGGUCGUACGAGAGGCUGGAGAGGGAGGCAGGAUCGCGUGUGUGAGUUCUCCCAGCGUUUAUCAGAAGCUGAAGCAGGGCGUCGUGGACGGUUCUCAGCGAGUGUCCGCCGUCGUCUUCGAGUACGACCGGCGCUUCGCCGCCUACGGGGACGACUUCGUCUUCUACGACUACAACGAGCCGCUGUCCUUCUCCGCCGACGUCCCUCCUCGGAGCUUCGCCGUAGUCUUGGCCGACCCUCCGUACCUGUCUGAGGAAUGUCUGAGGAAAGUGGCCAAAACCAUCAAAUACCUGAGUCAAAGUAAAGUUCUGCUGUGCACAGGUGAGGUGAUGGAGACUUUGGCCAAAGAACUUCUGGACGUGACAAAAUGCCGCUUUCUGCCCAAACACAACAGAAACUUGUCCAACGAGUUCCGCUGCUUCGUCAACUAUCCUACUCGCCUGUUGUCCUGCUAAGGACACGUGAACCUGAUUCAAAGACACUUGAUUUACUGGAUUUAUGACUGUUGGAAUGAAAUAAGUUUAUCCAAAAACACCCACUCAUGUAGCAAAUGGUGUGGAAUCUGCUCAAUGUAGUUCAGAUCUUGGAUAUUCUGUAGCUUGUUUAAAGGUACAACAUAAAAAAAUGCAACUUAAGCAUUUUGGUUUGUAUCGAACAUUUCUUUAGGGGAGAAAUGUUCUUUUAAAGGUGGAGGUGUUGGGACCCCAGGGUCGUGACUGCUUCCUCCCUGUGUGUAGUGUCUGCAUGCUAGUGUGAGAUGGGUUGCAGGUGUGCAUGUUUUGAGUGAAUGACCUGUGUGAGUGAGUCUCGGGUGGAUCCUGCAUGGAAGGAAUCCGAGUAAGAGUCCUGAACAUCCCAGCUGCAGUGGACUUCCUCAAAUGACUCACAGCCAGACAUUUUGCGCUUGAUUUUAAUAACCCUUUAAAAUGGUUUGUUUGACGUGUUGCUGGUGGUUUCUUGGGAGUUGAGAAGAGGGAGUCUCAUUAUUCAUGUUGUGAUAAAGGUUUUCCCCGAGGCCUGGUCGUAACAAUAGUCAUAAUGAAGUUAAUAUCCAAAAAAAAGUUCUAUGAAUCGUCAAACCGGUCCCAAAUCAGUCAGUGUUUUUUUUUUAAAAACUCACCUGGAGAAACUGAAGACCACCAAGAAAUUCAGAUCAAGUUCAUCAGGACAGAAUUUCACAGAACUUUAAGCUCAUGCUGUAAGAAUUCUGACAUCUGUGGCUGUGUUUACUUUUUCCAUCAGUAGGAGGCAGUAAUUGAUCACUUCAUAGACAGUAAAGCAGGGCUUUUAUUGUGUAAAACAGUUGUUUUAUUGUCAUGUUGUCAUUUAUUUGUGUUGAUGUAGAGACAUCUGCUGCCCUCUGGAGGUACAUAUGAGUUUGCUUGUGCAGCAGAAAAGUUCUUUGGAUAAAUGGACACUUGACAAAAUUGUCUUCUUCAGAGUUUCUUCUUCUCUCUGCUGGAUUUUUAGGUGUUUUGGACACAAUAGCAUUAAAAACACAUGUUUCAUUAGUGUCCACAUCAGAUUUGACUAAAUAUAACCAAGAACAAUAGUGGAUUUUUGAAAAAUACCCAAUAAGGUCUGUUUUUUUAUGCUGUCCAAAUUUCCUGCAUGCAUCAGUUUAACCAGUUUAUCUUCAUUUUUAUUUUAUGGUGUCAUAUUAAAGAAAAAAACAAAACAUUAUGGUAAUUUUGAUUUUGUUUGUGCAGCAGAAAUCUGUCAUCUGUCUUAAUCCCAGAGAUUAAAACCAUUUUUCUGUACAUGUGCUAUGUAAAUUAAAGAUACAGUGUGUAAAAGUG